AACGUACACGCGCGAGUGCUGAUUUUGAUGUAACAACUGUCUGCUGCUUUGUUUCACUUAGUUACAACAAAAAUGUCGGUGCUUUGUGUCGCCUUGACCCGGAAUGCUUUGUCCGUCAGGAACUCUGGGAUGGUGGUGACGGUGCGCUAUGCCCAGACCCUGGCUUCCCCUGGUCCUGAACCCAGAAUAAAGAAGUUCCAGAUUUACCGUUGGGAUCCGGACACUGCUGGAGACAAGCCGCGUAUGCAGACAUAUGAAGUUGACCUUAACACCUGCGGUCCAAUGGUUCUGGAUGCUCUCAUUAAGAUCAAGAAUGAGAUGGACCCCACGCUUACAUUCAGGCGCUCCUGUCGUGAGGGUAUCUGUGGCUCAUGUGCCAUGAACAUCAAUGGAGGCAAUACGCUCGCGUGCCUCAACAAAAUUGACAGCUACACAAACAAAGCCACCAAAAUUUACCCGCUCCCUCACAUGUACGUGGUCAAAGACCUCGUGCCUGACAUGAGCAACUUCUACGCACAGUACAAAUCCAUUGAGCCCUACCUAAAAAAGAAGGAUGAAUCUCAGGAAGGGAAGGACCAGUAUUACCAGUCCGUUGCAGACAGGCAAAAAUUGGACGGCCUGUACGAGUGCAUCCUGUGUGCGUGCUGCAGCACCAGCUGUCCCAGCUACUGGUGGAAUGAGGACAAAUACUUGGGACCUGCUGUUCUCAUGCAGGCGUACCGCUGGAUGAUAGACUCUCGCGAUGAGUUCACUGAGGAGCGACUGUCGAAACUUCAGGACCCCUUCUCUCUCUACCGCUGCCACACUAUCAUGAAUUGCACCAAGACCUGCCCCAAGGGACUCAACCCAGGGAAGGCCAUCGCAGAGAUCAAGAAAAUGAUGGCGACUUACCAAGGAAAGAAAGCUGCGGCGUCUUGAACACACACGAGUUAAGACCGCUCGAGAUCCGUCGGUAACACUUCCUCAAUUUGACUGAAACGAAAGAGAAGAGCCAACCGGGAACGUUAGCCAUUUUUGCAGAUGUGGGCGCUUUUGUUGUUGACCGUGCUCCAAAAUGGUCAACAUGUUCAUUUGCACAUCUCCCUCCCAGUCUCAAUGAUAAACUUUUCGAAACGAUACCGGCACCUGAAGACAUUUGAGGUCGCUACUGUCAAAGGUUCUUAAACUUACAGGAUCGAAGUCGUUUAGGGAAUUCAAAACCUCCCCGACACAAGAUGGCUGACUUAGCUGAGGUCAAAGUAGAAGUUAGCACAUAUUGCUGGUCAGCUCUCUAUCUUAAAAUGUCAUCGAUUAUUUUCUCAGUAGUCAUCCGUAAGAUGCGUGAGAUGUCUGGGGUCAGAGGUCAUCAUCUGAGUACACUGGGAGGGUUUUGCUCUGACUAAAAAUGUCAUUUCCAGUUGUUGAAAGUUUGAAAGUUUGUCUGCGUAUGUGUGGUUGUGGAGGGCAGAAUAUUGGUGGCAGUAAAAACAUAUUGAAAUUGUAAAUAAUGACACGUACUUUACUCAUUAAAAUGUGUUGAACUCAAAAUCGUAGAAUUACUACUCCACAUUUCUGUCUUCAUUUGAACUAUGCUGUACUGCACUCUGAGACAUUUCUCUAAAUUCAACAGUUCUUUUC